CGGACGCCGAGCAUUACGGGAAAUGUAGUUUUUACGCUACGUUUUUUAGCAAACGGCUAACCACCACCACCACCAACAACAACUUCUGAACGGCUGCUCCCUCCUGACUCCACUCCCCCCCCGCUACAACUUCAUAAUGCAAAGCGCGCAGCGUGCAGAUGGCGGAGAGCAAUGACGGAGGAGUUCGACGAAGAUGUGGUGUUUGAGAACUCUCCUCUUUUCCAGUACCUGCACGACCUAGGGCACACGGACUUCGAGGCAUGUCCGGCGGCGACGCGGGAGGAGGAGGAGGAAUAUGGCGAGCGAGAGGGAGACCGCGACGAGCGGCAGAAAACCUCAGGAGGACGGUUGUGGAGAUUGGUCGACACCAUGUGGAGAUGGAGCCCGAUUCACCAGGCGGCUGCAUCUCAUGAGCUGGAGCAACAGCUGGACUGCGUGUUCGGCCAGUACUCUGUGAGGUGCAUUCUGGACCAGGACGUGCUGCUGCAGGAGGACGUGGAGCUGAUCGAGCUGCUGGACCCGAGCCUCCUCACCCUCGCCUCCUCGCCCUCCGGCUCAGCCGGCCGCACAAGCGCCUUGCCGAGGCCGGGCCUCAUCGCCAGCCCCUCGCUAUGGGACUUUGCGGGGCUGGUCGGCCUGGUCGCGGUGCUGAUGGGUCUCCGCUCCGUGUCCGAGGGCCUCUGGUCCCUGGCCGCGGCCCCCUGCGGCCUGGCCCUGCUGGGCUGGGCAGCGCUGCGGGGGAUCGUGCUGUGGCGACGCGGGCACAUGCAGAGGGACGUCCAUGCCCGCGCCGCCCAGCUCCAGACGCUGCUCCACAACAGCAAGACCCUGACGGGCCUGUCCCGCAAGGCCUUGCGUCUGGUGCAAGAGACCGAGGUCAUCUCCAGAGGGUUCACCCUUUUGCUCGACAGGGUGAGUGCGGCCGGCUCCUUUAGCAGGGCGGGGCCGGGGGCGGUGCCGCGCGGCCAGCAGCUGAUCGGACUGAGGAAGUCGCUGUACCGGGCUCUCCGCUCGGCCUUCAGAGCCUCGCGCAGGGCCACCUGUCACAUGCUCAAGACGUUCCCCCUCAACUCCGAGAUCGACAAUGUGACCAACUACGUGUCUGCGGUGCCGCUGAAGGAGCUCGGCCUCGGCCUGGGGAUCGAGCACCUGGGCGACGAGCAGGCCCAGGAGCUGACGGACGACUACAGCCUGCCUGCCAUGAAAAUGCUGUUCCAGCUGUGGGUCGGACAAAGCUCUGAAUGUUUCCGCCGACUCGCCCUCCUGCUGUCGCCGAGCCGGAUAGAGGAACCGGAAGAGGCCGCGUUCAAAGGAGAAACAUCCCCUCUUCCUCCUCCGUCGUCGCCGCCGCCGCUGCACCGCUCCAUCGGCGCGGUGACCGAGCCCCUGCAUCACGCCCUGGCCGGCUGCCUCGGCGAAGUGCAGCGCAGCUACGACUUCCACCGACACUUCGAGACGCAGCCGAGGACGGCGGGCUCCGACCGGACCGGGCGAGCCAGGGAGAAGUGCCGGGAGCUCAACACCCUGCACACGUCCAUCCGGAGCCUGCAGCUGCACCUCAAGGCCCUGCUCAGCGAGAUGAUCAUCCUGGAGGACGACCUGGAGAAGCUGAUGGUGUCCAAGCAGCUGACGGAGCUGACGUGUGACGGCUACCAGGACCUCAGCGACCGGCUGCACCAGCUUCAGCCGCACAUGCAGGCGAGCGCCGGCUGCUGGGAGGACACCAUCGGCCAGGUGCAGCGCAUGCUGCGUCGGGCCAACGCCUGUCCAGGUAACAUCGAGGGUCUGCAGCAGUGUGGUACUCCUGUGUCCGAGAUCCCCGCUCCUCCUCCGUCCUACCCCUUGAUCCUGGACAGAGACCCUGUUCCAGAGGAGCUGGAGUGGGAGGCCUACGUGUCCGACUCCGACUCUGACGGCGAAGGCCGAGGGUCCUGGUGCGACCUGCUGUCGCCGGAGGAGCGGGAGCGUCAGCGGCGGGAGAGGGAGGAGUCACGCCGUGUCCUGUCCGAGCUGAAAGCUGUCCUGGGCUUUCGCGCGUCCGAGGGGGAGAGGAUGAAGAGGAAGCAGCUGCUCUUCAAUGACCAAGCUGCUGUGACGCCUUCAGCUCGCGAGGACGGUUUGGAUCCCGACGACAAACCGUCAGAUGCUCCGACUUCUGUGGGCUCGGUGGAAAGCGGCCAUGAAGAGGGAAACCACGCCGCAGGAAGCGAAGGGGAGGAAGAGGAGGAAGGGGAAGAAAACGGGGCGACCCCCAACACCUUCGCAGAGCCGGCCACGAGGGAGUUCAGCUGCGGUUUGGAGGCGGAGGAGGACGGGGAGUCGGGGGGGAGCUCGGUCUGCAACCGGGGAGGAGGCGGAGAGUCGGAGCUGCACCAGUACGACGGCGGCUUCCCGGAGGAGGCUGAGUCCCAGAACGGCCUGGACUGCCUCCUGAAGCCCCGAGUCCCCGCCGUCUCCGUGAUGGACAGACUGACGGAGAUCCACGGCUCGGAGGCGCUCAGCUUCAGCUCCGCACUCGCCGCUCAGGUGGCGGCGCGCUCGCACUCGCUCGUCAACAUGGAGGAGCAGACGUUUGGAGAUGCCGACGGGGAGGAGGAUGAAGAGGAAGAAGAGGAGGAGAGGGACUAAAAUGAAACUCGCACAGACUGUGUUUACGUCUGUGUGUCGUCUGUCGAUGGGUCGAUGAGAUAUUUAAAAAUUAACACUCCAACACUACUCAUCCGUCCAUUUUAACUGUACAUUUACCCACAAUUCCUUUCUGCUCUCGUGCUGUCAAAAACUCAGGUACCGGAAAACGACCCAAAAACUUUACAGUGUUUUGAGGUCGGAAGACCAGAAUGUCUGCAGGUUACUCUGUGACGUGUCGUGUCCAAGUGAAAAGAAAAGAUCUCUGUGAGUGGAACGGUCUCGUCUGAGUCGAUGUUUAAUAAAUUGUUUGUGCCGGAGGAAGUGAGACGGCUGAGAACAAUAUUCCGAGACGACGGUGAAUGAUUCUCCGGAGGUUUGUUCAGACAGAAAGAAGAUACAGAUGUGAUUAGAUGUAAAUUAAUCACACAGACACACACACACACACACACACACUGUUGUUGGACACAAUGGGGUAUUACAGUAAAGUGGACAUACAACUGAACAUACAUUCACAAUCCUAUUUGGAAUACAACUGUUGUGUCAUGGAAACACUAAAUUAAAACUCAAACAAUCCCAUUUUUCUCCGUGUGUGUUUCCAGGGAUGACAAUCAGUGGGAAACGUUACCGAGCCUCGUGUGUGGCAUGAAUCUAAUGGAACUGUGCUGCUGUGAGAUAUAAAAUCGAAAUACCUGUGUGAGUGAGUGUGUUUGUGUGUGUGUGUGUGCGCGCGGUGAUAUAAGAGGAGGCAGCGUGUGAGCGUCAAUCUGUAACUUUUAUGUUCCACAUGAAGAUGCCAUAAGAGCGAGUGGCCUGAUGUGUUUGCCUCCGCCUCCUCCCCCAAGUCUGUCUUGUCUUCAUGUCUGCCUCGUCCUGCACCCUAACCCUCGGGGGGAGAGGAGGAGGAAUUUCCAAGGUGAAAUAAAAUACCAUUCUGGAAGUGUU